AUGGGUCGGCUUCCGAAGAAGGUGACCCUGGGGUACGUCCGCGACGACUCGACCCGGCGCUCUAGGUACAAGCAGCGUCUGAAGGGGCUGAUGAAGAAGGCGGGCGAGCUGGGCACCCUGUGCGACGUCGAGACCUGCGUGGUGGUGUACGGCGAGGGCGGGGCGGCGCCUGAGGUGUUUCCUUCCCCUGACAAGGCGGUGGGUAUCCUGAAUGGAUUCAAGAGCAUGCCGGAGCUGGGGCAUUGCAAGAAGACGAUGGACCAGGAGGGCUUACUCACCGAGGGCAUUGCCAAGCUCCAGGAGAAAGUCGACAAGUCCCGCCGCGAAUGCCAGGACCGCGAGACCAGGUACCUCCUGCAACAGAUCAUGGACGGGAACCUCCCGGGCCUCGUUGGCAUCAGCGUGGAGCAGCUCGCCCGCGUUGGCUACAAGGUGGAGGAGCUGAUGAAGAGCUUGGGCGAACGCAUGGGGAAAACUCAUUCCCAGGCGCCGCCGCCAGCUCCAUGCGUCACCACCGGCAGCAUAGACAUGGGGUCUCCGGCGCUGUAUCAGGCGCCAGAACAACAGCAGGAGGGCACCCUGGUCGGUGGCUACGCUGGUGGUCACGACGGGGCCGACUUCACCGGCGGUGAUACGGUGAUGCAGAUGCAGUCCUUCAAUCUGGAGUUUGGUUCGUGUCAUUUCCCUCCCAUGUACCAGGCGCCGCCGCCAGCUCCAUGGGUCACCACCGGCAGCGUAGACAUGGGGUCUACAGCGCUGCAUCAGGCGCCAGUGCAGCGGCAGGAGGGCACGCUGCUGAGCUCCGGAGGGGAUCUUGGCACCCUGGUCUACGGUGGCUACGCUGGUGGCCACGAAGGGGCCGGCUUCACCGGCGGUGAUAUGAUGAUGCAGAUGCAGUCGUUCAAUCUGGAGUUCGAUUGGAGUCAGUUCCCUCCCAUGUAA